GGUCACGUGCCGCUGUUUGGCGCUUUUGUGCGCGCCCGGGUCCGUGGGUGCUCAGAGUGUGGCCAGGCGGCUCGGACCGAGCAGGGUUUUCCUUGCUAGUGGAUUGUGUAGAAUACACUGCCAGUCUCUUGUCUUCUGUUCACCAUGGCUUCUUCUGAUAUCCAGGUGAAGGAACUGGAGAAGCGUGCCUCAGGCCAGGCUUUUGAGCUGAUUCUCAGCCCUCGAUCAAAAGAAUCUGUCCCAGAAUUCCCCCUUUCCCCUCCAAAGAAGAAGGAUCUUUCCCUGGAGGAAAUUCAGAAGAAACUAGAAGCUGCAGAAGAAAGACGCAAGUCCCAUGAAGCUGAGGUCUUGAAGCAGCUUGCUGAGAAACGAGAGCAUGAGAAGGAAGUGCUUCAAAAAGCGAUAGAGGAGAACAACAACUUCAGUAAAAUGGCAGAAGAGAAGCUGACCCACAAAAUGGAAGCCAACAAAGAGAACCGAGAGGCGCAAAUGGCUGCCAAACUGGAGCGUUUGCGAGAGAAGGACAAGCACAUUGAAGAAGUGCGGAAGAACAAAGAAUCCAAAGAUCCUGCUGAUGAGACUGAAGCUGACUAAUUUGUUCUGAGAACUGACUUUCUCCCCCUCCCCUUCCUAAAUAUCCAAAGACUGUACUGGCCAGUGUCAUUUUAUUUUUGCCCUCCUGACAAAUAUUCUAGAAGCUGAUGUAGGACUGUAUAGGUAGAUCCAGACUGUAUGAUGUUGUUUUAGGGGCUAAAGGGGAGAAACUAAAAGUGUUUUACUCUUUUUCUAAAGUGUUGAAGUCUUUCUAAUGUAGCUAUUUUUCUUGUUGCAUCUUUUCUACUUCAGUACACUUGGUGUGCUGGGUUAAUGGCUAGUACUGUAUUGGCUCUGUGAAAACAUGUUUGUGAAAAGAGUAUGUAGUGGCUUCUUUCAAACUGUUAGAUGCUGAAUAUCUGUUCACUUUUAAAUCCCAAUUCUGUCCCGAUCUUAACAGAUGCUACUGUACUUGAAUGGUUAAUAAAACUGCACAGUGCUGUUG